AUGGUGCAGCAUCAUCGGCAGCGCUGCGGGGCUGCGUGGCAGGAAAUGACUGGCGGCGCAAGCAACCUAGAGCCUGACCCUUCCCAGCAAUAUUCCUUUGAGGAGAUGCUUCAGCAGGAGUUAGAUGAAGAACGUCAGGCCGAGGACGACGAGAGACAAGUCGUGGAGUCUGUCCCAGACGCACAGCUUCAGGUGGCCAUUCCCUCGGCGCUGACCCCCGAGGCGAUGGCAGCUGCCAAGAGAAGGCGCUUGCAGCCCGGAGCAUCGACCACAGCGGCAGCGUUCCAAAGUUUUUUCGAUUCGGCGACAUCUGCUUACCAGACUUCUCUUCGAAACUGGCCAGAGACGCAGGCCCCGUCCGGCAGCGGGAACAUCAAGCAGCAAACCCAGAGAAUUCUGCAGCUUGUGCGCCAGGAGCGCCAGCACUGGUCUGAAGAAAUGAUUCGCAUGGCUGCGGCUGCAAUUACCGUGUAUCGGACGCGCUACACGGACAUUUUCGUUCAUGAUUUCGUUGGUCUGAUAUGGAUCAUCGAAGGUGAGCGGUUCCUGCGUGCUCACCGAGGGGUCUGCUAUCUGUAUCAUGAUUCGGGCGCCUUCGAAGCAUUCAACGGAGUCCCACCCGAGUCCACCUUUCACCGGCUGAAGAACUUUCUGUUGAAGCUCGAAGGAAUGUUUCGACUCAUGUCGGUGGACGUUCAGCGCUCGGACUCCGGCGUCCUACGAGAGAUGUCCAGAUUGCGGGCUGAGUACAACAGCGACGAAGAGUUCAUGAACGUCUGCAAGGACGAGGCGAUCAUGACUCUGCCCGGCCGUCCCGGCUCUGCUCGCCGGCGCCAAGGCGGUGAGGCCGACGCAGCCGGCUGGCCCACGUGGACCGCGGACAUGCUUGGCAAGUUCAUCGGCCCGCUGCAAAAAGAUCUCCUGGAAGAGCGUCGACUUCUGCAAUUCCUUGCGCAAUGGUGCGACACUCCGCCCACUCGGACAGCCGGCUGCGCAUUUGAUGACGUCUCACUCCUGUACGACCUUUCUGCAGAUGAGCACGAAGAAGAGAGUGACCGCAAGCAGUCCGCCCUGAGUAGUCUCUUGCAGCAAGAAAGCGAGGAGAACAGCGCUUGUCCGAAGGACGCGCUGAGUCAGGCCAACAAGCUUGUCGUGGAGUACGCCUUGGGCUUUGGCCCGGGUAAGCCGGAGCCCGUGCGAAAGACCUCGUACACCACGGCCUGGUGGAAAAGAUGGGCGACCUCCAAAUUGGGCCUGGACAAAAACAUCUGGCAAGAUCUUCUCGAGAAGGAAUGGUUGCUGCCCAUGGAGAAGAAGGCCAACCCAGACGUUUUCAUCCCUGUCAUUCCCUUAAAGAAGCAGCUGGCAGACAUUUUGGAUUACAAAUACAGCGAAGAGACCACGUUGCUGGAAGAGCACUUGAACGCCCGCGCACUGUGGGACGCGUUGGAGCUGCAUCCCAGUCGAGCUGCGAACGCCGAGCUUCUGCGCCACUUCUUCACCAAGGUACUGGGCAAGGUGCAAGGGAAGAGGGGUCGUAACUCUCUGACGCAAGACCAAUACAUUCUGUUCUGGAAAUCCCGGGCCGAGAAGCUGUCCAAGCACGAAGAGUGCGCUUCGAGUCUGCUCGAUUUCUUGCAGGGCCGCAUUUCAGAACGCACGGAAGCACAGGGCGUCGCUCCUGCGGCUUCAUCCGUCAGCCCCCUAAGGCGGCAGCGCGGAAAGAAAAGGAUAUUGCCAUCCGAGCCAUCGAGCCCAGUCCCUGCUGACGAAGGAUUGUCUGGUGGCCAUGGCUCCUCUGGCAAUCCCUUUCCUGAAAGUCAUCCUUCUGUCAGCAAGACUACAUCAUAUCACUACAAGCUCGACGGAGUUCGCUCUCGCCGAUAUGGAGAGUCCAGGUCUGUGCAACAUCUCGGCACCGCCUGGCAGGCAGCCGUGCUGGCGGACACCGUGGAUCUCGACAUCGAAAACUCCUGCUUCAGUCUCAUCCUGCAACUUUUGGACAAAUUGGAACCGCAGCACGACUCCUGGCCCGGAGUUCGUCAAACCCUGGACGCAUGCGCCAACCGUCGCGCAGAAGUGAUUCAGAGCAAGCUGCAGAAAGACAAGAGCACCGGCAAGUCUCUUCUUCAGAAAAUUUUCAACGGCGGUGCUCCGCCGGCGGAACUUGCCGAGAACGUCUUUGUCCAGGAUUUGCAGAGAGCCUCCCUUUUCUGUCGCUGGGCGGCUGCCACCGCUUUAAAGGACAUCAUGUGGGCGUCUGUAUUGAACUUCAAAGAACGCCCAGACCUCAGCAUUCUGACGUAUUUCUGGAACAUCGCUGAAGACGUCGUGUUGGACGCCUGGCUCGCUAAGGCGAGGACUUUGAAUUCCAAACACCUUUCACUUCACUUCGACGGCUUAAGAAUCGAUCGGAGCGUGGUGCUACCAGACCCUGAGACUUUCUGCAGAGACUGUGAGAUGUUGAUCUCGAAAGAGACUGACUUCAAGGUCCGCAUCCGGCCGAAGGAGCACGAGAACUUCAUGUCCAUGCUGCGCCGCGUCGAGAACAAAGAGGAGGUAGUGUUUCCCGAGGUGCUUGCGAAACCUGGGAACUGCAUUCUUGCAGCGCUGCAUCAUCUGGGUGAACCCGAGAAGGCCAUGCGUAUGGCUUCCACCCUUGAAGGCCCCGACCACACAUAUUUCCUUCGCAGACAGUGCCGCACCUACCAACAGGUUUCCGCACAUCUCGACCUGGACUUGUACGCACGGUUCCCGUCUCAGAGGUUAGCAAUCGGACAAAAAUUCUUCAUCCACUUGGCCACGGGCGGCAGGCCUCACUGCGUCGCGGGAGAACUUCUUUCAGCCGAAUCCGUCCGCAUCACAGAUGGCGCAGAGAGGUUUUCUAUGUCCAUGCAAGAUUUUAGCAGAAUGUGCUCAGAGGCCACGGAUCGAAAGUACAUCCUCUUCAUUUUCUUGGGCCACAAGCCGGAAUCCAGUCCUUUGGACGCGGACGAGGAUGAGUACACGCUUCUGCUGGAAACACAAGCCGGUGCGGCCGGUGGCGACUAUGAUGAAGUUCCCGACGCUUUCGUUCGGGACGUGGAGCUGCCCUUCUCUUCUUCAGACAAUCCCGAGCACGAAGACAAUCAGGAAGACGAGGGCAUUACCCAUGUCGCGGAUCGACUUCUGGAUGCUCUGGAAGAAGAAGUCAAUUCUUUCCUGAGCAAGGAUUCCAGUUCCAGAGCCUUGGUCAUCCAAAAGGCGGAGGUUUCUGCUUGUCCGUUCUGUCCUUCCCGCACGUGGGAGCGGAACAGACCUGGUCGAGUGGUAGCUCACAUCCAAAAGCACCACACCAGGUCAAAACAAUUUGUCGCCAGCGGCACAAAACAAUUGAAAGUGGUCAUCGCCCUCCACGACCAGGACCAGUGUGAGCGCCGGAAAGCAGGCAACUACCUUGCCCGCAGCGCAGCUCUACUCUCUGCUCAUCUGGAUGACUCCGUGUCGAGGAGCCAGAUGGUCUACGCGUUGCACGCUCGCCUGGUUUCCCACUUUCCGGGCGAGGUGAGCAGCCUGAUACCGCGUCAUGCAAAUCACUGGUGGCCCAUGCUCGAGGACGUUUUUCAGAGUCCUCGGAUACUUCAGUUGCUCGAUACAUUAUCCAAGGAACUCAUCUCUCACGAGGAAUACGAAGUUGUGAGCAUGGACGCAACUCUGCGAUGCUGCUUGCCCAUUAUGGGGCAGGCUCAUCCACGAGCAUCGCGUGAAGUCAAAGCGCAGGCUGUCUUCAAGGGCGAAGCCGCGUUGACGCGAGUGCUCACGUGCAGAGGUCGCACGAACGCGGUGGUAUUGCUACGCGCUGUAUCAUCUGAAGACUCGGAUGUCGUCAUCGAGGCCUUGGCGUCCCACAUGUCCUCUGAAGCUUUGCGACAAAUUCGCUAUCUUAGUGUCGAUAACCCAUCGACCAAACUAUGGCAAGGCAUUCGGCGAAUUUGCCCCAAUUUGCAGGUGCUUGCAUUGGAUCCUGUGCAUCUGCCGAUGACUUGCGAGUACGCGUCGAGUCGCCGCAGAACUGCUUUAUCCAAAGUCCUGCGGAGCAUCAUGCAGAAGUUCACAGUUAGAAGCCCAGUGUGCGGGCCUACUGCAUGGGGAGCGAUCUUCACGGGCAACAACCAUCGACCGUUGACCCGCGAAGAAGAAAGAGCGCGUGUUCAAAUCGAGGACAAGAGCAUGCCGCUGAGGAAGGCCAACGACAUUUUGGGUGCCUUAAAUCCUCAGGAGCCAUUUCUGGAAAGGAUCGAUUGGAUUCGCAGUCUGGCAGCCGUGGUCGCCGUGUAUCGUACAGACGUGGAACGGAGGUGUCCUGGCCCGAACAGGAAAAUCUAUGAACUCCUGCACACGGCCACGGCUUGUCAGCGUACCGAGUGGUACUUUAAUAAUUUGCGCAUGCGCCAUAUGAUUGCAGAAAGCCGUUUGAGUUUGUUGCCAGUGGGGACAACCUCGAAUGAGGCACUCCAUCACGAAAUUAACAACUGGUUCCGGGAAACACAAAAAAUUCACAAAAGCACGCUUUCCCUGAAGCUUUUCAUUUUUAGGCUCGGCAAGCUCAUGACUCACAACGCUGCCUUGUACAGAGCCGCCACCAGACAGAUGGCAGAAGCCGAGCUCCUGGCUCGAACAGCUUCAAUGCAGGUCUGGACGGCAAAAGAAUGGCAGGACUGGUGUGCAGAGCUGAAAGAUGGCCACACGCCCUGCAAAGCCGACUUGCGAAUACAGCCGCAGUUGGCAGCUGAGCGAGCCAUUGUCAAAGCCGCAGUUCACAAGAAGCCCGCAAUUUCUGAUCAAAAGAGUCGGAAGCGGCGCCUCACGCCCACCACCCUGACUCGGCAAGACAGCCUGCGCCGUGCAGGCGUGCGUGGCAGGAAGCCCGUGGUUUGA